CAUUCAGUUCUUAAAGACCAGAGAAGGAAGACAUUGAAGACAAUGGGUCGCGCUUUGGUACUUGUGUUGAUUCUGUCCGCUGCCUUGUUGGUCUGCGAAGCUCAGCUGACGUUUACUCCAGGUUGGGGCCAGGGCAAGAGAUCGGAGGCCACCGACUAUAGAAACGAUGGAUGCUCCUCUGAAGAUUCCGUUUAUACUAUUUACAAACUGAUCAAGAAUGAAGCAGAGAAGUUUCUAGCGUGCCAGUCCUAAAUCAUAUCGAACCCCAUCGACGGUGCUCAUUUAAUCAACAAUUUGUUUUAAUUCCUUUGAGUAACAUUGUUAAAUAAGUUACGUAACUUUAUCUUAUCUUUAUAAACAUAUAUUACAUAAUUACUUACCUAUGUACCUAUCAAUAAUUCAUCAUUGUAUAGAUGUUACACAGAUUAUAUUUGAUUUAAAUUUUUAAUUCCUAAAAUUACAUUCAAAAUGAAAACUUCCAAAUGCAUCAUUGGAAUAAUUACUGUUUCAGAGAAUUAUUUUAGAAAAUUUCACACUACGCUUUU